GGCCGCGCAUGCCCAGCCCAGCGCCAACCGCGGCGCAAAGAUCACCUCACCCAUACGGCCCGGGAUGAGGCGCAUACCUAGGGGUCUCGGGUUCAGGUUUGUUUCUUGGAAGGGGACGCGCAAUCAUGCGCCGGUAGUCAUCUGCGCAGCCCUUUCAGGUUUACGAAUCCCUUUUUUUCCGUCUUUCUUUCUUUCUUUCCUCCUUCAACAUCGGGCUGGCCUGGUGAUUUAACCAUCUUUCGACUCUUCCUCCUCUGCGACUUUGCGACUUAAAUCGUCGUCAACAGUCGAACCAGAUCUUCGACACAUCGAACAUCUCGAUAUUGGGAACCCAAAGUCCACUGUCUGCUCGCUACCAGCUAGUCCUAGCUGAGACAACCACUUACACCCAUUGGAUCAUGGCGCCCACAACCCCCUCCCACGCCCUGGGAACCGUCCCAUGGAAGCCCGCCCUAGCCAAACGCGCCUUCUUCCUCGCCUCCACCACCACUUUACUCAGCACGCGAGACCUCGCCCUGAAAUCCGACACCCAAAAAAUCACCCUGGGUGUAAUCUUCGCCUACAUGGUCGCCAUUUUCAUCCUCUGGAACGUGCCCUACAUCCGCUACUUGCUCUGGCCCUUCAAGAUGUUGGUGAUUGCCUUCCACGAGUUCGGACACGCCAUCACCUGCGUCCUUACGGGCGGAAAAGUCCUAUCCAUCAGCUUGGACCCGCGCGAGGGCGGGGUGACGCACAUGCAAGGUGGACGGAGCGGGUUGACGUUGCCGGCUGGGUAUUUGGGGAGUUCGUUGAUUGGGGCGCUGUUGACCUUUUGCGGGUUCGAUAUUGUGGCGAGCAAGGUGGCUAGUUUUGUGGUGGGUGUGUGUUUCUUGUUGACGUUGUGGUGGGGGAGGAGGGAUUGGUUGACUUUGGCAACGGUGUUGGCGGCUGUGGGACUGUUGGUGGGGUGUUGGUUUAUUGCGCAUGCGGAGGCGUUGAGGUAUGUGGUGCUGUUUAUUGGGGUGAUGAGUUCGUUGUAUAGUGUUUGGGAUAUUUGUGAUGAUUUGAUCUUGCGCAAAGUCAACAGCUCUGAUGCCAGCGUCUUUGCGAAGAGAUAUGGAGGAUCUUCGCAGUGCUGGGGCGUUAUCUGGUCUAUCAUCUCGUUGGGAUUCAUGGCUUGUGGCAUCAUUGCGGGGAUUGCUGCUUUUCCACAAACGAGGGCGCAGCAGCAGGAUGAUUCGAAGCAUUUCAUUCCGACGAAGUUCUGAUGAUAGAUAUAAGGAUUCGGCGUGUUUCACGGGAAUGAAGCGUCUGUCGGUUCAGGGUUGGCGUUAGAUCAUCGGAAGCCAUGAUAUUACCUUUAUGGAGGCAUGGACCAAGAGCCUGGGCAUGGAAGGCACGGUUAAAGACUUGAAGUUGAUGAUACCCGUUGGCUUUUGUUUGGAAUCGUUUAGACGGAGGGUUAAACACAGCAUUGUUCGUUUUGUGCAUAAGUAUGGGCGGUAUUGAUAUUUUACUGCCUCUAUAAUGGUAUCAACCCCCAUUUACCAAAAAAUCAUUCCCUUGGAACGUUUUGUUGAGAGCAAGCCCUAAACAAAAACCCAAAGGGUCAUCUAACAAUACAUGUAAUACCCAAAGGUAACCUUCACGGCCAAGUCCGUUUGUCCCACUGGACUCAGUAAAUUGGAUGAAGAAAAUCAGGCCAUCGAAAAUACCGUUCGCAUUUGACAUGCGUUGUUUUCCC